AUGAAACAGAUUAAAAUCAUUGAAAGCAAAGCUCAAAAUCAUUUUAUCGAAAGAACUAUUAAUAAAAACAACUCAACUAUUGUUAACCUAAACACUGGUAUUGAAUCCGUUAAGGAUUUCAGUAACGAAUUUAUCACCCGAAGAGCUACUGUUGUCUUAUUUUGCGAACCAAACCAUAUAUUUAUUAGGUUUAACUUUACGCAUCCGUUCAGAGGUGAAGUAAUUGCCGGUAACACCAAUAGUCGGGACAAUAGGUGCAGAUUUCGUGGCACCGGACAGUUGGCCUAUGAGCUACAUGUGCCGCACGAUGCUUGCGAUACACAAAAAUCAAUUGUCGACGGAUUGUUUGUCAAUAAAUUAUUUAUACGCUUUCAUCCAUCACUGGAACUGGAGGGCGACUAUUCAAAAACAAUACUGUGCAAAUUUGGCACUGGUACUAUCAAAGUUAAUUAA